AUGUCGCUCGGAGACAAGUCGCAGCGGGACCUGGACAAAAUUGGCGGCAUUAUUGCCACCGUCAUCUUCGGGCUUUGCCUCAUCUUGCACCUUUGGCGAUGGGCACGAUACCGAUGCCACCCACUAGCCGCUACCUCGCUAUUCCUGGUGCUGCGCACUAUCGGCUGGCUGCUAGUAUUCAUUGGAGCCCUCAGAAAUGACACACUUUUAAACAAGCGCGGCCACAUAGUGAAUGCUUUGGCCUUUUGGCUUCUCAUGCUUGGCAGUUUGCUCCUCUUGGUGCGGUGGGACGCCAGCCGCCGCGGUGUCAGAUACACAAAUAUAUCAUGGGGUGCUACCGGGCUUGCAUCGCUUGGAUGCGCGGUCAUGGGUGCGCUGGAGGCUGCGGGCCAAAUUACUUGGCUCAAUAAUCCUGGAGACAAACCCACAGUGAUUCUGAAGGUGGCCGAGGUGGGAUUCGUUGUGCUUUCGGGAUGCAACGCCCUGGUGUCUCUUUUUUUCAAUUUCCGCGAGGGCCCCAUGUACCAGAAGCCAGUCGUCCGCUGUGCAUUCGUUUUUUCAUCCUUGUCCAUCUUGGUGCGCUGCCUAUUCUGGAUGCUCGUGGCGCUGCAGACCAUUUUGUUUACCGAAACAAAUCGCCAGAUAUUUCUCUACUGUCUGGGCACGGUUCUUGAGAUUGUUGCCGUGGUUUUAUGGGGCCUGUUGCCUGCAACCAAGCAUUUGAAGCCGCAUUCGGGCGCUAGUUUUGUUGAGACACCAAGUGUUAAGCUUGAUGACAGCUCGAUUAAGCCAUUGACCGGGGAGCCCGGAAAACCCUUGCACAAGCUUAGCGAGAAUGAUUUGCGCAAUUUGCCGGUCGAGUACUAUGAGGAGCCCGAGACUUCCCAUGCCAACAAUGCUGAUAUUAGUCAGUUCGGUACGACACAGGCGGGCGCAUUUGGCAGCUACAGCAGCACGUACCAGGGAACUCAUCAGAGUAUGGUGCCCGGAAGCUCCAGCGCAUAUUCAUCGUAUGGACAUCAGCAGAUGCAGCAGCAGGCGCAGGCGCAGCAGCAGGCACAACCAGCGAGCACAUUUGUGACCAACCCUUGGUCCGGAUCAACAAGCAGCUUGGUUCCCCCUGGGACAUUGUACGACCCCAGGCAGCAGCCGUUCAUUGCUCCGCCGCAGGCAAUGGGCCAACAGCAGCCUGUUAUGAUUACGGGCCAACCCGUGGGCUUCAUGUCCUUCCCGACCCAAAUCCAACAGAUACCACAGCAGCCGAUGCGAGAGCAGCACCAUAUGAGCAUGCCAUAUGUCCCUGUGGUAAGUGCUGUUCCCCACCAAUCUGUCAGUUUUGUUGCGCCCACAAUGAAUGGCCAGUUUGCGCAGUCCUCCCAGUACCCUGUUUAUGUGAGGACUCCAGCGCCAACUUUGCUUGGUGGGAAUCAGACUCGAGGCCCACAGACUGAUGGUUCGGCGCAAGAGUCUGAGAGCGACUACUUUGCAGGCAGAGACUAUGUCAACGUGGAUACCAGCCAGUCGCACACCCAGCAGCAGCAUAAUUCGUACAACUGA